AUGUUUCUAAAGGGGAAUCUACAGCAAUACGAGGCUUCGGUGAAAUGUUUGAAUGGCCAGACUUUGGAUGAAAAUAUUAAUUUAAUGCUGACUCAACAGACCGAGCAAUUACAACGGGUGACUCAGCUGGCACAAGAGAUUGUCGACGAAUGGAAAGCGGAGGAUGAUAAAUGUAAUUAAGGAUACGACCAACGGGCUGGGAAAUGGAACGGCCAAUCAGACCACCGUUCUCAGGUUCAAUGUUCUUCUAAAAGAGCCAGAUUAGCUGAUAGAGUGGGACGAUUGGUGAAAUGUAUCCUCAACGCACAUCUCUUCAAGGACAGGGCUAUCUCCAGAUCAAACGCUCUUCAUUUAUUCCGGCUGAUUGAGGUUAUGCAGGUUUUGGUGAUCAUGGCUUCAUUGCAUGUGAUGGCGCUACGACAUUUCGGGUCAUCGGGGAUGUCCGGGUCGCGACAACUCGGGUCAACGACAACCCGGGUCAACGACACUUCGGGUCAACGACACGUCGGGUCAACGACAUUUCGGGUCAACGAUACCGCUUAA